AUGCUUCAGGCAGGUCAUUCAGACAGACAGGUGGCGCGAGUUUUUGGCAGAAAUGUGUCUGUCAUAGCCAGACUUCUGUUAAAGUACCAACGCACCGGUCGAGUUGAGGACGAGCGGCGGCAGCCUCGUGGAAGGGUCACAACACCUGUACAAGAUGCCCAGACUAUUGCAAGUCAUUUUCAAAACCGAUUUAAGACCGCCGAAUCGACUGCAUUAACAACAGUUGGUACACAUGGCAGACACAUUAGUAGCAAGACCGUUAUCAGGCGUCUCCGCGACCAGAACAUUCGAGCAAGACGACCAUAUCGUGGCCUUGUCCUGACUGCACGUCAUCGUCAACAAAGGGAACAGUGGGCCCGCGGGCAUCAGCGCAUGACACGUGCAGAGUGGGCAAAUGUCCUCUUCACGGAUGAAAGCUGCUUUAAUUUGUUCCAUAGUGAUGGUCGGGUUCGAGUUUACCGACGGAGUGGGGACCGGUUGAACAACGCCUGCAUCAUUCAACGUGACUGGUAUGGGGGUGGUUCCGUAAUGGUUUGGGCUAUUGUGUCCCUACAUACCAAGACCGACUUGAUCAUCAUUCAAGGAAAUCUGACUGCUGUAAAAUAUCAACAGGACGUUCUUAUUCCUGUCACUAUUCCUCAUCUUCAAGCUGGUGGAUACUUAUGCACGACGGAGCACCGGCACACACAGCACAUGCCACCCGGAACCUACUACAACAGCAAAACAUUCAGCAGCUACCAUGGCCGUCCAAGUCUCCAGAUUUGA